UUGCAUCAUGGGCGGUUUUCACAUUUACGUACGAUUUUUCAUUUUGUUCGCUCCAGUUUUUAGAUUUUUAUUUUGUAAAAAAAACAAGUCCUACUCUAAUUGUAAAUUGAACAAGUUUUCCAAUUUUCAGGGUCAAUCAUGUCUGAUAUUCCAGCUGGAGAUUACGAAAAAGGAAAGAAGGUGUACAAGCAAAGAUGUUUGCAAUGCCACGUCGUUGAUUCGACCGCCACAAAGACCGGACCAACCCUCCACGGAGUUAUUGGACGUGUUUCAGGAACUGUACCAGGAUUCGACUAUUCGGCUGCCAACAAGAGCAAGGUGAGUUUAAAACCGCGUUUUCCCUCUAAACAUGACCCAGUCCCUGAAGACCUUCUUCAAUUGAAAUUUCGGAGACAUUAACCUCUUUCUCCUACUUUUGUUGAUUUUUAAACCCACCCUCUACAAAUGUGUUCAAAUUACUUCUGUUCACCUGGUUUGUGGUGAUUUCCUUCUUCCUCUUCUAAUUUCUUAUCUCAAAUUAUUUUUCCAGGGAGUUACAUGGACUCGCGAAACAUUGUUCGAAUACUUGUUGAACCCAAAGAAGUACAUCCCAGGAACCAAGAUGGUGUUCGCCGGUUUGAAGAAGGCUGACGAACGUGCCGAUUUGAUCAAAUACAUCGAAGUCGAAUCAGCCAAAGCACUCUAA